UAUGUAGGCAGAUAAAAAACGAAACUGAAGCUUCAGAGCUUUGGUUGCAUUUUAUAGCUUUUUUGCAUGAAAUAAACAAGAAUCGACUGCAGCCGUCAAAAGUGUGAAAAACGUGAGCGUCCAUCUUUCAAACCUUUACUCUUUUCUGCCUUGAAUUUCUUUUAUCUCCGUUUUUUAGAUUUAAAUAAAUUUUUUCAUGCUAUGUUUCGACAGUUAAAGCGCCUCUCUUCAUUCAUGGACGUUAUCCCUAACGCGUUUUUUCUUCUUCUUUUUUUUUUUGCGGACUCGUGUGUAAACACUUAGCAGUUAUGACAAAGCUUCUGGUUGAGUUUGUCUUCAGAAUGAGAACUUUUAGAAGUUUAAAAGUCGCAAGGCUAAAUAUGCGGUCGUCUAGGGCAGAGAUGGCGCUCCCACUAUUGGCUGGUUGUGGCUUCAAGUCGAGCAGUUGAGACUUACGCAGCCGAGCCAUUGGUGCGUAAUGGUGCACGACUGGACGGCAGAUGUUUCACCACCGGGACACUCUGUCUCUGCACACAUUAUCUGAACCCUUCUGAGUUUUUUUUUUUUCUUCUUAGCGUAGGCGUGUGUUAACUUGGUCUCCUUGCGAUUUAAAAGUUACCUAAGGAAGAAAGAGAGGAAGAAGAAGGGGGGGGGAAAAGUGGACAACCUCUUCAAACCGUCCCGGUUUUUUACCGGGGAGUUGUCGUCAUCAGUACCCCAGAUGUCCCCCCCUUUGCUCCCUGAAUGGAUAGGGCAGUCUUGGUCUAUGCAGCUCAUUGCAGGCCAAAAGAUUGGAAACAACUUGUGAGUAUCCGUCAGUUUGACGUCUAGAGGGAAACGCUCAGAAAUGCCCGGCUGCUUCGCUGGAGCUCAACUCUGAGGACUUUUCUCCUGCAUUUGUGCUUUUCCAGGAGGGAGAACUCUGCUCUCAGUUUGCAGCAAGAAGGAAAACUUAGCGCUGAAGUGGCAGCUCUCACAUUAUAGUCCUCGCUAUGGAUUGUAUGUAUUUAUUGAUGUGCUUUUCACUCAGUCAAGUAUUUUUGGAGUGUAUUUUCGCAGCAAAAGCGCAUGGUCACUGACCGUCAUUCUCACUUGACUGUCUGUCUCAUCAGAAAAAAUCUCUGGAAAGUUAAGUGAAUAUGGUCUUAUCGUGCCAUUCAGCACAGACUCCCAUGGCCGGUACAUUUCUCAUGUGGUCUCAGCUGGAAUUGGAAGUAAAGGUGGUGCUGCUCCUGUUGUUAAUGCUGUCUCAGGCUUUGGCAGCAGAAGAAGGGUGGCCCGCAGUGCCCCUGAGAUGCCCUCAGUCACCUCCGCCUCGGCUCAGCACUUAUUUUUCAAUGUUACUGUGUUUGGGAAAGAACUGCACCUCCGCCUGAGGGCCAACAGGAGGCUGGUGGCCCCAGGGGCUUUUGUGGAAUGGCAAGAGGACUUUAAGGAAAAGGCCAAGGAACGAAUCCAAGGAGACUGUGUUUUCAGUGGAGAUGUGACUGACAUGCCAGAUGCUUCUGUGGCUAUCAGCAAUUGUGAUGGACUGGCAGGCCUGAUCCGGACUGAUAAUGGGGAGUUUUUCAUUGAACCCCUUGAGAAAGGCCAACAGGAUGUGGAAGUGAAGGGGCGUGUCCAUGUGGUCUACCGCAGAUCAGCCAUAAAGCAGGAGACAGGCCAGCAAAGGGAAGACCUCCACAAUGAAGUGGCAGACAUUGGGAUUGCAGACCUCCCCAAAGCUCUGGAUCUUGUUGAACAUAAACUUUCUGAGUCUGAGCGCAAGAGGAGGCAUGCGAAGAAAGAUGACUUCAACAUCGAGGUGCUGCUGGCUGUUGAUGACUCGGUGGUCCGUUUCCACGGCAAGGAGCAUGUCCAAAAUUAUGUUCUCACACUCAUGAACAUAGUUGAUGAAAUCUACCAUGAUGAAUCUUUGGGGACGAACAUCAACAUUGUCCUUGUCCGCAUGAUAAUGGUGGGGUACCGGCAGUCUAUAAGCCUGAUCGAGCGUGGCAACCCAUCUCGCAGCCUGGAGCAGGUGUGCCGAUGGGCCAACACGCAGCAGCGCCGCGACCCUGACCAUGCCGAGUACCACGAUCACGCCAUCUUCCUCACAAGGCAAGAUUUUGGUCCCGCAGGUAUGCAAGGGUAUGCUCCAGUGACAGGGAUGUGCCACCCACUGAGGAGCUGCACUCUGAACCAUGAGGAUGGCUUCUCCUCUGCCUUUGUGGUUGCUCAUGAAACCGGCCAUGUGUUGGGUAUGGAGCAUGAUGGCCAAGGGAAUCGUUGUGCUGAUGAGACCAGCAUGGGUAGCAUCAUGGCACCACUUGUCCAAGCAGCUUUUCACCGCUAUCACUGGUCACGUUGCAGCAAGCAGGAGCUCAACAGAUACAUCCACUCUUAUGACUGCUUGCUCGAUGAUCCCUUUGAACAUAAGUGGCCCAAGCUUCCUGAGCUCCCUGGAAUAAAUUAUUCAAUGGAUGAACAGUGCCGCUUUGAUUUUGGUGUUGGUUAUAAAAUGUGCACUGCUUUUCGAACCUACGACCCCUGCAAGCAGCUGUGGUGCAGCCACCCUGACAACCAGUACUUUUGUAAAACUAAAAAAGGUCCUCCAGUGGAUGGAACAGAGUGUGCACCGGGAAAGUGGUGCUUCAAGGGUCAUUGCAUCUGGCGAACCAGCCAGGAGCCUCAGGGCCAUGAUGGAAGUUGGAGUUCCUGGUCAAAGUUUGGCUCUUGCUCCAGAACAUGUGGAGGUGGAAUUCGCUCCCGCAGCAGACAGUGCAACAAUCCUCCACCUGCCUACGGUGGUAGAGAUUGCCCCGGGUCUGCAUUUGACUACCAGAUGUGCAACACAGAGGAGUGUGCAGGCCCUUACGAGGACUUCCGUGCUCAGCAGUGCGUCCAGAGAAGCAACAAAUACCACAAAAACAUCAAGCACACCUGGCUGCCUUAUGAGCACCCAGAUGAGGCCCGUAAAUGUGAGCUGAGCUGUCAGUCAAAGGAAACGGGAGAGGUGGUAUCUAUGAACCAGGUGAUGCAUGAUGGGACAAGAUGCAGCUACUUAGACCCAUUCAGUGUUUGCGCUCGAGGAGAGUGCCUGCAUGUAGGCUGUGACAAGGAAGUUGGGUCUUACAAGCAAGAGGAUAAAUGUGGAGUUUGUGAAGGAGACAACUCUCACUGCCGCACUGUGAAGCUGACACUCACUAAGACCCCUAAAAAGAAUGGAAUGCUGAAAAUGUUUGACAUCCCAAUAGGGGCCCGCCACAUAGUCAUUGAGGAGAACGAGACCUCCCCUCAUAUAAUUGCUGUGAAGAAUCAAGUAACUGGAAACUUCAUACUGAAUGAAAAAAGUGAAGACGCCAAAUCAAAGACCUUCAUUGAAAAUGGUUUACAGUGGGAGUAUUCCAUCGAGGGUGAGAGGGAGACAUUGAAAACAACUGGCCCUCUUCAUGAAGGGAUCAUAGUCCUGAUCAUUCCUCAGGAAGAAGAUGCAAAAGUUAGCUUAACGUAUAAGUACAUCAUACAUGAGGACCUGCUACCACUUAUUACCAACAAUAAUGUUCUUCUCGCUGAACUGGACACAUAUGAGUGGGCACUGAAAAGCUGGUCUCCGUGCUCCAAAUCCUGUGGGGGAGGCGUACAGUACACCAAAUAUGGAUGCAGGAGGAAGAGUGACAGUCGUUUGGUGCAUCGUAACUUUUGUGAAACCAGCAAAAAGCCCAAACCCAUCCGAAAACGCUGCAACACCCAAGACUGCAGCCAGCCCACGUGGGUGGUAGAAGAGUGGGGUCCUUGCAGUAAGACCUGUGGAAAACUCGGGUACCAAACCAGGGUGGUGCAGUGCAUGCAGGCGCUUCACAAUGGUACCAACAAAGUGGUCCACAGUAAACACUGCACUGAUGAACGUCCAGAGAUAAGGAGAGCCUGCAACCAUACUGUAUGUCCUGCCCAGUGGAGGACAGGGGCAUGGUCUCAGUGCUCAGUGACCUGUGGCGAAGGCAUUCAGCAGAGGCAGGUGGUAUGCAAGACCAGUGACAACACCAUUGGAGAAUGCGAGGGCGAGAAACCGGAAACAAUCCUCAUUUGCAAAUUGGGACCAUGUUCAGGACAUCCAGGGUCUUCUCUCGACGCACAAACAAUGGAAAACUCUACAAUAAAAGACGAAGCUGUCUAUCUAAGAGUUCCAGAAAACCCUGUACAAAAAAUCUCUUCAAAUGAGCCAUGUCUGGGGGAUAAAUCGAUUUUCUGCCAAAUGGAGGUCCUUUCCCGGUAUUGUUCCAUCCCUGGAUAUUAUAAGCUUUGCUGUGAGUCUUGUGACAAGAAAGAAAGCCUCACCACCCAUGUUCCUGACUUUCACAACACCCCAGUAGCCUUAGCUGAACCUGACAUCUCAGCUCUUUCUCAUCCUGCCUCUUCCAAGCCACCUCAUGUCACCACAACACAGACCGUGCCAAAAACCACUAAAGCCAUCACUCGGCGGCGUCUUUUCACUACCCCGCUGCCAACUACAGCUGCCACUUCUCAAGCUUCACCACAGACAAAUGCUGCUCUGCCCCAGCAUCCUACCAGCGAAUCCUUUCUCACUGCUGGAAAGAGAGAUUCAGAUGCUGGGCCUGUUCUACCUCCGGGGCCACCACGGCCUACAGCAGACUCAAGUGGAGGUGCCUCUAAAGAGCACAGCCCAAACAGCACUUUAGGCCCAGCUGCUGCAAGAUCAAGAAGGGACACUUUAGGAUCAGAGAGGGACUCCAGUCACAGAAACUUGUCAGCUCAGAAAUGAACAGUGAACAAUGUUGUGAAUGUGCUGUUCGGUGAAAUGGUCUCAAACAUCAGCACACCCUUUGCAGUAUGUGAUUUACUCAAAGUUUUUCUUUUUUUUUUAUUAUUAUUAUUAUUUUUCUGUCCAUGAUAGUGAACUUAGACCAGCCCAGUGGUGGUUACCUCAUCAAAACUUCAGAGCGAUCUGCGCGCAUGGCGUCGCCCGGUCGUGUGUGCUUCAAAUAUGAAACGGAAGAAAAAACAAAGUUUAAACAAAGGUGCUGUAAACUAAAAUGACUUCAAAAUGUGAUGACUGCAUUGCUACAUUCAUGUUUUUAUCUGUGUACAGUUGUGCAAGCCUGUUUUUUUUUCAAGUGCAUUAGAACUACUAUUAAACUCGUGAACAUAAGGAGGUCAUAGACUAUGGUUUUGGAGGUGCAGGUGCCAGCUAUGGGGUCUGGAGUGUGCCACCAGAAUAAUUAUAAACCUUAUACUGUAUUUAUAAUAUAGAUCUACAUUUUUUAAAGACAAAAAAAAAAAUCCUUAUCCCUGUUUAGUGUCAUUGUCUCUGCCAGUUGCCAUUUUAUGACAGCUUAUGUAUUAACCUGAUGCAUUCUAUCAAAUACUGUGCUAAUUCCAUUUAUAUAUACAGUAUCCAUCCAUAUUCUUCCACUCUUCUAAGUUAGGGUUGCAGAAGAAGUAGUUUAAUCACAAACCUCCCUGGCCCCCUACUCGAGCUCAUUUGGAGUCCCAGAUGAUAACCCAUCCUGAUAGGGCUCCUUCUUCAACUUGACAGCUCCCUUUAUCCCCACUGUUGCUACAACAGCUGCCAACCGAUUUGCAGCCACAGCUCUGUAAAGCCACCUUGGCAAUGGAGAUGUGGAAAAGUCUGUUCGGACUAAAGUCCCCUGCCUCCUUUGAAUGCUGUCAAAGUUUGAGUGGGAAAGGAAGAUGUCAUAUAUUAGGGCCUCUACCAGAUGUUCUCAGCGCACCCUCACUAAACAUCUUGGCAUGCCAGGCCUGUGUAGCAUCCUGCCUUGGCACAGGAUCCAACUCACCACUAGGUGAUGAUCAGUUGACACCUCAGCUCCUCUUUUCACCUGAAUGCCCAAUACCUGCUGUUGCAGUUCCAACAAUGUAAUUACAAAAUCAAUCAUCUGCCUGUGAUCAAGAGUGUCCUGGUGCCUUGUGCACAGCCCUAUCCUGGAACAUGGUGUUUGACCAGUAGAACACCACUCAGGUUUAUAUCAGGCACGCCAUUAUUCCAAUCACAACCCUCCAGGUCACACAAUCUUUGUUUAGGUAAUUUAGCCAUUGAUUUCUAGUAAAGAUUCUUUCCGUGCUAUGUUUCUCGCUUAUAAUAUCUGCGCAGAAACACAUCAAGAGGAUGAGUUAACAGCCAUGGCACAGAUAUUGCUUCACUGCUUUAUUGUUGUGACUAAGUUACUAGCUAAAGGCCUAGUCAAACGUUGCAGGGAAAUACAACUAAGCAUCUACUGAACCUUUUUUUUUACUUUAAGAAAAAUAAUUUUCUGUCGGUACAGACAGUAUGCGUGUCAAUUUAGCUUCAGUAAGCUUUAGUAAAGUAAGUAACAGCAGAGCAAUAGCUUGAUAAAUGUGCAUAUAUACAAUGUGCUAAUUAGCCAUGUGGUCAUGUCGCUUACCCUCGAUCUGUUAUGAGCUGCUAGAAGCUAAAUUCAGAGUCAUUACACCAAAUUAUUAUUUAAACAACUGCGAGAUUAUCAUAUGUUCUUACAUUUCUAGCUGUUUUUUCCUCCUAGCUUGAUGUUUUUUUAAACAAAUUGAAUAUGCUUAUUAAAUAUACAACUAAGAAAAUGGUAUAAUCAUAUUACCUUACUAACUGAUCACAAUCAAGCACUCGUGAAGUCUACAGUUAUCCUGGAGGUACCCUCCAAACCUCAUGCCAUCACUCCUGGCAGAAAGCUCAGUGGCUUCUCUAUCCCUGGUGCUCUUUUUUGGUGUCCGACAUACCGCUGAUUAUCCUCACUGAUAGGAAAAAAUCAUGACUGUUUGCAAGCCAACCCCACUGUAGCAAGCCCGCUGUCUGUUUCUGUGGAAGUCAGUUAAUUAAUGCUUUAAAAUGCUUUUCAGAAUAUAACGCAUUAUGAUAUUUUUUUUUUUUUGUAACUGAUGUUUUUCAGAUAAUAAUGUAUAUAGUGUAAAUUUCAAGUUAUGAAAAGUUGUGUUGCAACUGCAAAAUACAGGCCAUGCUGUCUACACACUGUGGUUGGGCGUACUGUUACACCAGUCCUGCAUUGCGGUUCAUAACGUCAUUAUUUUUAUUGUAUAAUUCUUGUAUAUACGUACCUAAAUGAAAGCUUUAAUGUUAAUAUUUAUUGAAUUUUUAAGUGGUAUGGUGAACAAAGUAAAAUACAUUUGAAAGA